AUGGAUCCACCAAAAAAGAAAUUAUCCAAAAAGGAAAAGGCACGCCUGGAGGCUGAACAAGCGGAAUUAUUGCGUAUUGAAAUGGAAAAGGAAAAACUGAAGAAACUUGAAGAGGAAAGACAACGUAAACAAGUUGAAUUGGAGCAGGCAAAACGUAGGCAACAACAGGAAAUCCAAGAAAACAAGGAACGACGUAAACAGCUUAAGGAUAGCAUGAAUUUCUUUAAUGCCGUCCAGCAAAAAAUCAAUGGCAUAAAAACAGAGGCCAAUGCACAAAGUGAUUGGGAAAAAUAUAUGCGUUGCAAUGGGUUGCCGAAUGCAAACAGUCCGAGUGAUCUACGGAAAUAUAUACAUCAGUGGCGUGCAGACAUUGCGGAACGUAAUCAACGUUCCCGAAAUUGGCUAUUACGUACAGAUGAACGCACACUGCUAACACAGGAUGCCAAUAUACCAGAUCUGACAAGAGCUACUUUGCGAAGGAAACAGAUUAAUUUAGGUGAUGUUUAUGCGAAAAGAGUGCGAGAGGUUUUGGGGAUAUUGGAAGAGUUAGAUGAAGCCUUGUUAGAUAAUUCAAAACCUGCUCAUAUACUAGCUGAUUUAUUGCAGCUAAAAACUGAAACACGUGCAUUUGUAAAGGAUCAUUUGGAUGAAUUUACUUAUAAGAUAAUGUCGCAUAUUGAACGUGAUAUGGAAAUUGAUCGUCCUGGUGUUUCAAAACAUGAUUACUCCUCUGAUGUAUUCAAAUGCUUCUUUUGGACUUUCUCGAAGGAUGCACAAAUUUCUCUUAACCCUAAACCACGAGUUGGUGAACAACCUCAACAUAUUGAAAUCAAUUUUCCGAUGAUCGAAAUGGAGAUAACUCUACCGCCUGUGGUACAAUUACAGUUGUCUGCACUUCGUGGAAUUUGGUUAAAUUUUGAUCAUUUGAGUGAUUAUUGCACAAGUUUUAAUUUAAAAAAACGCAGACCAGAAACUUUUAAUAUACUCUUACAAACGAAACGUGAAUGGCAUAAGCGCAAGGAAAUACUUCAGGAUAUGUUAGACGAAUGUACAAAGGAAACCACACUCACUUUAGAUGCUAUGGAAGGCAUAGAUUCGAAAUCUUCACCACGCAAACAACGCAGCUUUGAUAUUGACAAAGUUUAUGCUGAAUAUGAAGAUAACCUAAAUAAAUGCAGAAAGCAAAGUAUUGGACCUGCCGCAUACAAUUUAUUAGAAACUGAUGUCAAUUUAAGAAAAUAUCGUAUAAUUGGUGGCGUUUAUUGCAUUGAUUACUUAGAUAUACCCGGGCAAGAUAAAAGACUAAACGCACGCUCCUUUAUUCGUACAAUUAUUUCACCUGAUACUUUAACUCACAAAGACUUUUUUCAAACGUAUAAGCCACCACCACCAGUGCAACCUGGUGUACGUCGCUUACCGGAAGAAAUUGAAGCAGAGAUGCGCAUGAUUGAAGCUGCUUUGGAUAAACUGGCAUUGGUCACAUUACAAUUACCCGAUUCUGUCAUCUGGUUUGAACCACCCAUUGCAUGCCGUUGGGAAACUUAUAUUGAUACACUCGAAUCAGAUCUUACCGAAGGCAUAAAGCCACCCACAACCGCAACUCCAACAGACCAUGCAACACCAAUGUCAACAUUUACCAAUCCUAGUCCCAUUAAAUGUUCACCUCGCUUUCCAUCAAAGCAACGUAAACGUAGCACACAAAAAUCGCCCACAAGAGCAACGGUGCAUGAAGUGACUGAUUUUGAUAUGUUGAAUAUACCAAGUGACAUCGAUAUUCAUAGCCUUUUCAAGGAUUUCGUAGUGCCACGCUUGCCAUACGGUUUCAAUGUACACUUAAAUACAGGCAUCGAUUGUGUUACGCUUAAAAAGGAUAAUAGCAGACAACCCAAAGUUUUGUUUUUUGCUCGUCAUCAUUCUGUUGCUUCUUGUGGUAAGGACAUAAUAAAAUCCACCGAACACAAGUCGACAUAUGACAGCAUACAUGGCAUACGCAUUAAUGAAGAGUUUUUGGAUUUCAAUGAGCCGAGGGAAUUGUUUCCGCGUUUCCAAUUUGAUAAAAUGUUGAAGUUUAAGGAUUUACCAAUAAAUCAAAAAGAUAUUUUAAGCUUAGAAAGACAAAUGAGUGAAGAACAAAAAAUACAGGAAACAGUAGUUGCUGGGAAUGGAAAUGGUCAUAUUAAAGUCAAUAAAACUAAUGGCCAUCAAAAUGGCAAAGUUAAUGGCAAUGGCAAUGAUCAGAAGAAUGGUAAUGGCAAUGGUAGGUGUGUGGAAAAUGGAAGAAAGACUGAAAGUGUGGUAAGCAGUUAUAGUAAGAGUACCAGUAAGGCUAGUAGUGAAUCUGAAUAUAGAAGAUCAUCGAAAGGAAGUGAUAGUGAAAAGAAAGACAAUCCAAAGGAAGUUAAGAAAACUUACAUGUUUUCAGAGUUAAUUGAGGACCUAGAACGCUUGUGUGAGUUGCAAAAACCGAAACAGGAGGAGGUACUUAAUCAAAUUUCAGAAAAGUUAACACCAACAACAUCAACGGAAGGUUCACAGAAGGAAGGCGCUACAGCGGUGGCAGCAGCGGCUACAGAGGAAGAAGAGCUUGCAAAAUCGUUCGAAGCAAAUCUAAUGCAACCCGCAUUCUCCUAUUUCACCGGCAUCUCUUUUAUACGCGAUAUGUUUGCAAAGAAUGGCAAUGAAAGUAAAGAGACCACAAAGGAAGCAGAGGAUGAUGAAAGUUCAGAAUACGAUGAUGAAGAUGAUUAUGAUGAAUAUGUAGAGAAUCCGAAUGAAAAUGGUAAAAUUGUCGACAAUUUGAAUACGCUCGGUGAUGGUAGUGGUAGUGGUGGCGGUGGCGGUGUUGCUGAAAAUAGUGGGUCUGCGGGUGAUGUACACGGUCUAUUCAGUCACCAUAGUCAAAGUGAAAGUGACAACAAUGAUGGCAAAAAAUCGAAAAUAUCAAAUAUCAUCGCAUUGACAAAAGGCAAAUGGAGUACGCGUGACGUACAUGAUACCAAAUUCAAUGAAGAUAAGCUCUCGAUACAGUUUCGUACUGGACGUUUAGGCAUUUUCGGUUUUGCAUUGAAUCGAUACAGCAACAUGCCAUACCAGGCAUGGGAAAUCAAACCAGAUUUUAAAAACCCCGGUUCGGUGCUCUUCAGCUUUACCGCAUCUAUUGUUAGCCUUGAUAUGUCCAUUACAUCCGCAGGAUAUUGCAUGAACAAUUUUCAGGGUGGCACAACUGACGCUAUAAAUGAUAUGAUUGGCAAGACACUUUCGUUAGCCGAUUUAAAAGCAACACUAAUCUCAUCAGCUGUGGACAUAUUUCCAGAUGAGGAUGCAUUCUGUUAUACAGAAGGUUCCUGCGAAAAAAACUACGUCAUGGAAAUGCAUUUAUAUGUCUGCAUGUCCACAUUGGCAUUAUCGCAUAAUUUCAGUUGGUCCAGAUGGAAUUUGUUAGCCGGAAGUCGUACGGCCGUUUUAUUAUUACGUGAAUUAAUCGAGAAUAGAAAAGUGCCUAAUCAUUCGACGCUUUUGGUAACACCGCUUAAGACGGCCAUAAUCGAUUGCACUGAAGUCUCUGCAAGUUUUAAUGCAACUGGCAUUCCGGGCAUGGAGUAUUAUGCAGAUUUAUAUCAACUUUCGCAAGUGCACGCUCUACCCAGCAGCCUCGAAAAGCAGCGUACAAUGGAUCCCGUAUUGCGUGAUAAUGUUGCACGCAUAUUAAUGGCCAUAAGACCUCUGAGCUUCUGUUAG